AUGAGAGCAGCAUGGGCAGCAUUCGCAGCCGUCAGGGAAGCUACGGACCAACUGACGGACCAUGAUCUUCGUGCCCAUCUGUUCGACUCGACAGUCCUUCCAGCGCUCUGUUACGCAGCGGAGACGUGGGCAGACACCGCGGCCACGUCUAGGAAGCUACUUACUACCCACAGAGCCCUUGAGAGAUGUCUCCUGAAGUUUAACCGGCGCACACAACACCUUGCCGGUCUUCGUAGCUCCGACUUAAGAGGAAUGUCCCGUCUUCGCGACCCAGCGGAAUAUGUAUCGAAAGCAAAACAUAGAUGGGCCGGUCAUAUCAUGAGAAGAAUCGACGAUAGAUGGACUAAAAGAACGCUAGAGUGGAUCCCAAGGGACGCUAAACGCCCCCGAGGGAGACCGCCAACGAGAUGGAGUGACGUGUUCGCUGCACGGAUGGACCAGCUGAGAGCUCAGCUGGAUACGGCUCAAGGACCUCGUCAACGUCACUCACGAAGCUUGAGAACAUCUUGGAUGACAAUGGCGAGGGAACGAAACGAGUGGAAGAGAUGCUGGGGCCCGCACGUCGAGUGA